GUGUGUGUGUGUGUGUGAGAGAGAGAGAGAGAGAGAGAGAGAGAGAUUUUAAUACGGCGGCCUUGUUUAUCCACAGAGAAAGGGUUGGACGUAGUCUGAAUUUUAAACUUUGCUUACUUCCAUCUCCUCCUCUUCACCAAACCUCCAGGAGCCUAAGCUCGCCGCACCGCUGACCGCCAAGGUCAGCACCAGUGACCGCCCCCGGGAGCAGUCAGAGCGGUCCCUAAACGCCGCGGAUCCCGGCAGCUUUCGGACGGAGAGAGCGUCCGUAGCGGAGGAAACUAGAUACACGGACGAGAAUCUGGCGUAAAUAGUUAACGUGAACCGAGAGACACCAUGUUCAAUAACCCAGGAACCUACGCCAACAAGAAGAGGAAGAAGCCCGUCCUCAAGCAGAAGAAGGUCCUGGAAAACAAUGAGGUGGUUAAAUCGAAUCCCUCCAAGCGCCACAGGGACCGGCUGAAUGGUGAGCUGGACAGGCUGAUGGACCUCCUGCCCUUUCCUGAAGAGGUGCGCUCCCGUCUGGACAAACUGUCCGUCCUCCGCCUCAGCGUGGGAUACCUGAGGGUCAAAAGCUUCUUCAAAGCCACCAUGAAGAACAGCAGCGGCAGUCGGCUAGCUGUGGGGGUGAACGGCCAGAGCUUGGACACCGCUGGCUGCUCUGAAGGAGACCUGCUGCUCCAGGCCCUGAAUGGCUUCGUGUUGGCCGUCAUGUCAGAGGGACUCGUGUUUUAUGCCUCUCCUACAAUCCAGGACUACCUGGGCUUCCAUCAGUCGGAUGUGAUCCAUCAAAGUGUGUUUGAUCUCAUCCACACUGACGACCGAGCCUUGUUCAGAGAGCAGCUCCACUUUGCCCUGAACCCUCCACCUGCUGCAGCAGAUGAAAGAAGGUAACUCUGAUGGUCCUGCGGAUGUGGGAAUGCAGUGAUGUACAGUGCUGAGCAGCUUCCUCCAGACAACUCGUCCUUCCUGGAGAGGAGCUUCGUGUGUCGCUUCCGCUGCCUCCUGGACAACUCCUCCGGUUUCCUGGCUCUAAAGUUCCAGGGGCGCCUGAAGUACCUUCAUGGCCCGAACACUGUGAGGGACAGCGGAUCUGGGAGCAAGGUUCAGCUGGCGCUGUUUGCUGUGGCGGUACCGGCCCAGCCUCCGGCCAUCGUGGAGAUCAGAGCUAAAAUGCUCCUCUUCCAGACAAAGCACAAGCUGGACUUCACCCCCAUGGGCGUGGAUAGCAGGGGGAAGAUCAUUCUGGGUUACUCUGAGGCUGAGCUGUGUAUGAAAGGCUCUGGUUACCAGUUCAUCCACGCUGCUGAUAUGAUGUACUGUGCAGACAACCACAUCCGCAUGAUUAAGACUGGAGAGAGUGGUCUGACUGUGUUCAGACUCCUCAGCAGGUCCAACAGCUGGGUGUGGGUGAAAGCCAACGCCAAGCUCAUCUAUAAGGGAGGAAGACCCGAGUUCAUCAUCGCUUAUCAGAAAGCUUUAACGAACGCCGAGGGAGAGGAGUACCUGCGGCAGCGGAGGAUGCAGCUGCCCUUCAGCUGCUCCACAGGAAGAGGCCAUCCUCUACAGCACCAACCAACCAUGGACAUCCCCCAGUUCCAGUUCAACAAAAUGUUCACGGCAAAAGAUGCCAAGAAGGACGUGUUCCCCAGCUCUCUGCUGGACUGCUUCCUGAGACAGGAUGAAACCAUCUACAGCCAGACACCAGAAGCACCCCUGCCAGUGGACCAGGUGUUCAUGGACAGCCACGCCCUUGUCAGCGUGGCUAGUAACUCCUGGCAGUGAUAACUGAGGGCUCCAGCCACAGAGAGAGAGGCUGUGCUGGGUAAGGAGGCCAAGCCGUCGGUGAUGGCUGUGAUUGACAGCCUGGAGAAGCUCUCACAAGAGGGAGAAUUUGAUGCAGUCCUGCAGCAUCUGGAUGUGGACGAUGCAGAUCCGAUGGAGUGGGAAAACUGCCUCAAGAGAUCACAGGAAGAAGAUCCUCAGAUGAGCAUGAAGUCAGACCUGGACAGCAUCAUCCCUGAUGACAUCAUCGACUUUAUCGAUACCGUCUUCAAGGAGAAGGAAGAGGAGGCCCUCAGCAGCCUCCCCCGUAACUGCCACUCCGGAGUAAACAGCUGCACCCCCCCUGAACUGUGUGAGCCGCAGCUGUUUCAGGCUCCAGCUCCUGAUGGCACUUACUCUCCGGUGAACGGCCACUAUGCUCACCAGGACAACGGGCCAAUGAUUGGAGAGCACAGCCUGGUGGUCAGUGGGAACCAGAAACUGUCCCAUCAGGGUCCUGUGAUCUCUCAGCCUGACAGCAGCCUGCCUCCCCUGCAGCAGCUGCAGCUGAAGGACAUCUUCACCCCGUCCAUCGAGCUCCCAGAGCUCACAGUUCCCAACAUCUCAGCUGAUGAAUCAUUCUCAUCUCUCUUUGCAUGUCGACAAGCAUCGUUUAGGCCCACAAGCCGCCCUCAGGGAGGUUCUAUUCUCAUCCAGCAGCCAAACCAGCUCCUGUCACAUCCAGCCGGUCUGCAGGUGCCGACUCUGACAGGAGCUGGGCCGAUGCUGCAGAGUUCCGUUCGGCAACCACCACUGCCCGCUGUAACAAACACUUUGCCACCUCUUGUUUCGUGUAACGACUACAGCUCCUCGAGUUCUUCCACCCUUCCUGUUGGCCGUCACACACAGUUUCUCCAACAGACCGUGGCGUUAGAAACUCACAACAACUCGCUGUACCAGUGGCCUCCGAGUCAGGCGCUGACGCACCCCACCAUCAUGCAAAAUGGGCAUGGAACUGUCCCCACAUUCCAGAACCAAAACACACAAAAUCUAACAUUCCCACAUGCUGCAAUCUGGCCAGGACUCGGGGAGCAGGGGGGGCGGGCAGCCCCUCACAGCAGCUGCAUGUUUGGGCAGCACUUCUCCAGCCCAGACAGAGGAGAUGUCCUGUCUCACCGUGAGCCGUCAGAUUUCAGCAGGACUGAUGUACCUCUGGAUCAGGGUCCUUCUCAAGCUCCCCGUUACUUCCAGUGGAGCCACGCGGGGCUCCUCGUGAACGGCACAUCAGCUGUCAACCAGGAGAGCGCCACCAUCAGCCCGCCGACAGCUACGCCCGGUGUGGUGUUCACACAGCACUCGCACAACAUUCAGCACUACCCGGACAGCAACACCCCGACACAGGGCGAGCGAGUGUCGUCUCGUGGGGGUUUUGUCCGUCCUGCUGUGAUGGAGUAGUUGGAGCUGUCAUGGCGGAGCGCAGCAGGACUCAAACGCAGUAUAGUUUGCCUGUAUCAGUGCUUAUUUCACUGCUUAUGUCGUGUUAUUAGGACCUGUUUUAUAUCAUUUGUACACUGUCCUGUCUGCUUGUUCAGCUGUGGCUUUAGUGAAGAUUUACAUUAAUAAUGAAGUAUGCAUUCACCAGUGUUUACCAGGAUGCAGCUGGAGCCAACCAAAGACGUUUUUAUAAGGGAACCAGACUUUUUCCAACCAGUUCAGAGAUUUGCAGCAGAUUUAGUCUGUUUGUUUAUGUAAGCACUAACGUUUUCUAAAAGACUCAGCUGUGCCUUCAAAUGAACAUUCUUACAGAUGGAGUCAUCUGUGUGUUUUAAAUGAAACCGUCAAACUGGUUGAUGUAAGUGUUUAUUUAUCUUUUGUAAUGUGCUGUUUCAGUAAUGUUUGUUACACGAGGAGAAUAACUGCCUUGGCUCUUGAAACCAUGCACGUGCAGGAUGCAUCAGCGUGCAUCCAUCUGUGUGCAGUAGCAGGCUCCUUUAGAGAGGAGCCUGAGCACAGGGCUGCAGCCGUCAAACUCACACGUGCAGUUCAACAAACAAAGGAAUCCAAACAGGCACUUAUCAUACAACACGUAACGCUUGUGUGUUCAUGUAUGUAACUCCUGCACACACACCCUUUACUGCUGCUCAGUUUCAUUGUCCUCUGCAAAGACCAUGUGACCUGAAUCAGCUGUGGUUCAGUACCACAGGCCGCAACUGGGCGGUGCUGCAAAGCUGCUUUUUGAAUUUUACAUAUUUUCUCCAGUGAAUUAUUAUUAGAUGGAUCAAAUCUGUCUAAACCGGUGCUGAAAGCACCCCCGAAGCACUUACACCUGUGAAUGGAAGCGGAUGAAUUUCAUCCACCUGUCUUUGGCAGCAGUUGUAAUUAAACUUUACUAGACACUUUGUUUUAGAGCACAAAUGCUGAUCACACAUUUACAAUCCAUUUCUGACAAAAACCAGCUGAAUUUAAAAGGGAAAACUAGAAACAUGGGGUGUUUCUCAUUGUGAAGGCGCCUUGCUUACGAGGACACUGUCCUUCCUUGGUCAAAGAAAACGGUUAAAUGGAACAGACUUGCAUCACGUGACCACGGCGGUCACGUAAUGUCAUGUGACACGGGAGAUAACGUUAUAUUUUAUAUGUAUUAGUUUCAAUAUAAAUAUAUAAUGAGACUUUUACUUUGUAAAUUGUGUAAAUGUUUAUUAAAUUAAAAAUAUAAGUGAGUUACUACCCGCUAGCCACCGAAGCUGCAACUACUAAGCAACUAACCAACCAUAGAUAACUUCUUUGGAUCUAAAACAAACAUUUUAAACUAGCUGACUUACUUUUAACUUGAAAAUUGUCCCCGAAGUAGCUGCCGGCUUCUGAUCUGCCGUGCUUUUGAAAAUACCGCGGUGUAUUCUGGGUAAUUUUUACCAAGGCUAGACUACUCCCGUGUAUCCCUGCUCAGCUAGCUAAACGGCUAACAAACGGAGAGCACACGCCUCGGUAGAACAUGAACAUUGGAACACGUCUUGUCGUCUCCUGAUGACGUAUCUCCUAGGCAACUGGGGCGGGGCCAAGACAUCAGGGCAUGGUUCCUUGACACUGAGAAACACCCAUGGUCAAAACAAACACAGAGUGUUUUAGGCCAGCCGUGUGCUGGCUCCCCAAAGAGCAAAGCAUUGUGGGAGAUGUCAUAGGGACCAAUCAGGUCCUUCAGCAAAUACAGCACCUGCCCAUUUGGGGUCUUAAACACGUUGAGAAGAGCUUUGAUCUUCUAAAGGUCCUCAUCAUGGUCUGGGAGCUGGGGGGCAGGACCACCCUGAUUCAGGAGGAGUAAGUUUAGAAACCAGAGGAGUCGUAAACGACUGACGCCUUCAAAGAGGAAAAGGGAAACAUUUAAACCAACAAAGCUAAAAUGAAGAGAAUAGUGGUUCAGUCCAGAUGUGUGCUAAUCAGUAGAUGCUAAAAAACAUACUGAAGAAUUUAGCUGAUUUCGCUAGCCGUGUGAUCAGCCUUAGUUUGGAGAAGUAGAUUAGUUCUGAUAAGAUCAAAAAGCUAACAGCUAGUCCAAGAAUUGGCGACUUUCAAAACCAUCUCUCAUCUCCAACAUUCCACAGUGGUUUGUGUCCAUUCUUGACUUGUUUACGUAGAACCAUGUGGAACCUAGCAGCAGAGCUAGCUAUCGCUAACAAAUCAGCAGACCUGCCAACCUGUACACAUUUUGCGUAGCAAGUACGUAAUUUGGCAUCUAAUUACGCUGGUAGGACAAACCCCUCAAAGCUACGCAAAAAGCUGCAAACUUGUGAGUUCUGCAGCAAAUAUGCACGACAGCAGCGUGAUGAAGAAGUUUCAGCAGUCAUCGUAGAAAAGCAGAAAAACAAUUCUGCCUCUUUUUCUAAUGAGGAGGUUAAAAACUAUAUCAGUCUGCUCCCUCCAUGUUGGCCCUCUGCCUCUCUCUCCUGCUGCCAAUCAAAACCUGAACAUGUUGCACUACUGUUAUCAGCAUUCUGCUCAGUUCUGCUGUUGAAACCAGUUUCUCCAACCGCUCCGCAGCGCGCAAGCGGCUAAAACAUACGCGCUCACUAGAAGCUCGCUCCCGUUUUGCAUUCUGCUCACACACAGCAGAACUGCAGCCUCCGUGUGUGUUUGUGCCGAUCACCACUUGGUACUGGAGCCAAUUCUGUUGUUGAAGUUAUGUGCAGCAACCCUACUUAUGGAUCACCGCAGAGAUGGCUUGUCGAUGUGAAUAUUCAUUCAUUUAUUUAUUUAACGAGAACAAGAGAUUAAAUUACUACAAAAAGCAAAUAAAGUGAGUCAGAGAGGGCGAUUCCAACAAAGAUUUCCACUCCUGAGCAUCUUUACUCAGCUCUCAUGAUACAUUUAUACAACUUAGACAACUUAGACUCUUAGAUCUGGUCCACCUUAGAUCUGGUCUACCUUAGAUCUGGUCUACCUUAGAUCUGGUCCACCGUAGAUCUGGUCCACCGUAGAUCUGGUCCGCCUUAGAUCUGGUCCACCGUAGAUCUGGUCUACCUUAGAUCUGGUCCACCGUAGAUCUGGUCUACCUUAGAUCUGGUCCACCUUAGAUCUGGUCCACCGUAGAUGUGGUCUACCUUAGAUCUGGUCCAGCUUUGAUCUGGUCUACCUUAGAUCUGGUCUACCUUAGAUGUGGUCCACCUUAGAUCUGGUCCACCUUAGAUAUGGUCUACCUUAAAUCUGGUCCACCUUAGAUCUGGUCUACCUUAGAUCUGGUCCAGCUUAGAUCUGGUCCACCUUAGAUCUGGUCCACCUUAGAUCUGGUCUACCUUAGAUCUGGUCUACCGUAGAUCUGGUCUACCUUAGAUCUGGUCCGCCUUAGAUCUGGUCCACCGUAGAUCUGGUCCACCGUAGAUCUGGUCCAUCUUAGAUCUGGUCCACCGUAGAUCUGGUCCACCGUAGAUGUGGUCUACCUUAGAUCUGGUCCAGCUUUGAUCUGGUCUACCUUAGAUCUGGUCUACCUUAGAUGUGGUCCACCUUAGAUCUGGUCUACCUUAGAUCUGGUCCAGCUUAGAUCUGGUCCACCGUAGAUCUGGUCUACCUUAGAUCUGGUCCACCUUAGAUCUGGUCCACCGUAGAUCUGGUCUACCUUAGAUCUGGUCCACCGUAGAUCUGGUCUACCUUAGAUCUGGUCCACCUUAGAUCUGGUCCACCGUAGAUGUGGUCUACCUUAGAUCUGGUCCAGCUUUGAUCUGGUCUACCUUAGAUCUGGUCUACCUUAGAUGUGGUCCACCUUAGAUCUGGUCCACCUUAGAUAUGGUCUACCUUAAAUCUGGUCCACCUUAGAUCUGGUCUACCUUAGAUCUGGUCCAGCUUAGAUCUGGUCCACCUUAGAUCUGGUCCACCUUAGAUCUGGUCUACCUUAGAUCUGGUCUACCGUAGAUCUGGUCUACCUUAGAUCUGGUCCGCCUUAGAUCUGGUCCACCGUAGAUCUGGUCCACCGUAGAUCUGGUCCAUCUUAGAUCUGGUCCACCGUAGAUCUGGUCCACCGUAGAUGUGGUCUACCUUAGAUCUGGUCCAGCUUUGAUCUGGUCUACCUUAGAUCUGGUCUACCUUAGAUGUGGUCCACCUUAGAUCUGGUCUUCCUUAGAUCUGGUCCAGCUUAGAUCUGGUCCACCUUAGAUAUGGUCUACCUUAGAUCUGGUCCAGCUUAGAUCUGGUCCACCUUAGAUAUGGUCUACCUUAAAUCUGGUCCACCUUAGAUCUGGUCUACCUUAGAUAUGGUCCAGCUUAGAUCUGGUCUACCUUAGAUCUUGUCCACCUUAGAUCUUGUCCACCUUAGAUCUGGUCUACCUUAGAUCUUGUCCACCUUAGAUCUGGUCUACCUUAGAUCUUGUCCACCUUAGAUCUGGUCUACCUUAAAUCUGGUCUACCUUAGAUCUGGUCUACCUUAGAUCUUGUCCACCUUAGAUAUGGUCUACCUUAAAUCUGGUCCACCUUAGAUCUGGUCUACCUUAGAUCUUGUCCACCUUAGAUCUGGUCUACCUUAAAUCUGGUCUACCUUAGAUCUGGUCUACCUUAGAUCUGGUCCAGCUCAAACCUACAACACUUAGACUCUUCAACCCUGGACUAGAUUGUUCUACACUAACAGCAAAAUCCAUAAAAGACAGUUGGUAAAAAUGAAACCUUUAGUAGAUUAUGCAACUUUCCUGAAUGAUGUAUUGUGCGUUUGGAUUAUCAUGUUAACAGGAUUUUCAGUCCUACAGGUUUAUGAACAGUAGGCUAUGUUUAUUUUGGUCACCCAUGAAAUACAACAUGUUAUAAUUAGAGCAGAUUAAAGAUGCAGGAAGUGGAAACAUUAGCUGGAAUUAACCUUUCCACAUUAGAAACUAGAAGGCGAACCAAUUAAGCUUUGUUUAAAACAAACAACAACAAUGCACGAAUAAAGUAAAACAGGAAGAAAGAAUAAAUAAAAGAUUUAGCCAAAUUAUUGAAAAAAAAAAACUCAUUUAAACUAGUGGCCAUGCUUGUGACCCUCUAAACUACCUCAUCAUGCAUUUAUCUUCAUCUGCAAUUAUGAUGUGGACAUCAGCCACCAGCGAGCUGCAGGUAAUGUAUAAAUUAGUCCCGGUGGUGUGUGCAUACGGUAUGUGCUUUAAGCCAGUUUAAUAUUACAUUCUUGAAAACUGAAUUUUGUAUUAUUUUGAUUGAAUGUUGAAAUAAUUCGAUGCAAGUAACUCGUGGCAGUCGGCUUGUAUAAGCACACAUAUUAUAUCAGCUAAGCAACUGCAACUUUUGAGUUUACUGUUUAAUAUUAAAAUACACGAUACGUUGGACUAUUCCAGAAGAUGUUUCCAGCCAGUGAAUGGGGAAAUUACAACGUGGAAACAACGUAAUGGCAAAAGUCUGCAAAAAAAAAAACUGUGGAUGUGGUACCCUAAAUUUUUGACAAGGCUGGCAGGUCUGAAUCAGCUAGAUUAGCAGCAAAGUAAACCUUUAUGAAAGUGUUUUUUCAUGAAUGAGCUGAGACUGGAGUUGUUUAAGACGGUGGCUCCGCUGUGACUAGCUGUUAGCUCAUUUAUCCUGUCAGAGCUGAUCUCUGUUUCUCCAAACAGAGGCUGCUCAUAGAGCAGCAGGUAGGAUGAGGUCAAUCCAGCGUGCUCUCAGUGAACAGAGUGGAGGUGGUUGUUGUUUCCAUCCCACCUGUGUCCCGUUUUUGUUUGUCACACUGCGGAAGCACCGUGGGUGGUUUCAUGAACCUGAGCAGCAUCAGCGGUAACAUGGCAGCUUCACUGGAUUCCUGUUGCACUGCAGGAAGUCACUCAGUAUUUCACUUUCCUCUUAUGUGUGAAAAUACCAGCAACACUCAAAUCUGGACACAGGAACCCAGUCAAAUGAAAGCUCAACUCAGAUCAUGAAGGCACCGCCUGUUGAGCAGCAGGACGCCGGCCGAGGACGGGCGGAUGGAGGAUCCUUGGCAGACGUGUGUCGACUGCAGCCACUAAAGAAAGCCUGGAGCCAAAUGUGUGGUUCAGAGCCGUGUUGGUGACGGCUGUCGUGUUUCUGUUGUUUCUUUGGACAAAAAGAAAAAAUGUGCCUUUAUUUAGCCAAGUACUUAUCUUUAUCCUAAUAUAUGCUCAGCCAAUAGCCUGCCUUUGUUACUCUUUUUCAUAAACGUGUGCAAUCAUU